CCCCCCUCCAGCACAGCACCCUCCAAUCUCACUGCUUCACUACAGGUCCCUAUGCCACCUCCUCUCUUCGCAGCCUUCCCACCACCGCUGGCUGUGGAUGUGCAGCACAAGAACCAGAGCACCAUAUCCGUGGCCUGGCAGCCCCCCCGGCACAGCAGGAUCCCUCCUCUCUGGUUCAUAGUGGAGUGGGUUUGUACAGCUCCGUACAGCCACGAGGAAGAGUUCUUUUGGAAGAAAGUCCCAGGCCAGGACACCCACACUUACAUCCAAGAGGACGCAGCAGCAGGAAGCCACAUCAACGUGUCGGUGUAUGCAGCCUACCCAGAUGGAGUGAGCAAACCAAGCUCGGGCCACGUUUCUUUGGAGGACCAGAUGUUGGACAUCAUCUACCAGGAGGCUUCGCAUGAUGAUGACAUCAGGUUUUUCCUGGGAAUGGGUGUCAGUGUGAUCAUAUUAUCUGUGGCUCUUGUAAUUCUGAUGUUGAAAAAAUCAGCUAGAAAAAGAACUAAGGCAGCAGUGGCACUGGUCUUACCAAAAUGGCUGCUUGAAGAUUUCCCCCACGUGGAAAACAGCAGGGUGAUAAAGUCCUUCCAGGAAAAGAGUGAAUUCACAAGCAGCAUUUUCAGUGGGCCGUUCCUGGAUAACAGUGACCCCACAAUUACGGAGAUACAGGAGCUGUCAGGGCACAAGAAAUACAAGAACGUGAACAUCAAAAAGGAACCCAGCAGUGUGGUCCCUGAGAACGUGGAGCAGCCACAGAGCUCAGCACCUCCCCAUAACACGGCCACGGAGCAGGUCGGUGACUACAAACCCCAAAUCUCUGAUGCAAACACUCUGGGAUAUGUAGCUGCCAACAUUGGCCUAAUACAGCCCUACACACCGGCUCCAGAACCAGAGACAAGUAUUUUCUUCAGAGACUACAGCAGCCCUUUCAGCUACCUGUGGGAUGCUCAAGGAGCUGAAGGGCCCCAGAUCUGCCUGCUGGAUAAGAUCAACCUGGUUUUAAACAACGACAGAAGUGGGCAAAACCACGCGUUCAGCUCUGCCCAGGAGGAACAGAACGCGCUUUUGGAAAACCAGUGGGAAAAAACACUGUACAGUGAAGGAGUUCAGGAACAAACCUUGGUUCCAGAUGAGCUGGUUUCUUGCUUGAGGGCAAUGAAUGGAGGAUCUGUGGAUAUUCAGACCUGCUUUCCGCAGAGCAUCGGAAGAUUGUUUUGAGAGAAACUGUGAUGAAAAGCCCACAGACUUGUGGCAGUCUGAUCGUGACACAUAGCUGCCUUUGAGAUUUCAAACAUCACAGCUGGAACAAAACUCCAGAUCUGAAACUCUUCACCUUAACCGACCACAGAUAGCUUUUGGAUGCCUUGGCCAAUAAUAUAUCGUUUUAAUUUUACCUCAUGUUUUUACAAACACAAAAAUGUGAGCUUGGAUUCCUGUAGGAACUGAAAUACAAAGCAGGUGACUCUUACAGGAUGCAUUCUGCUUCAAUUAUUAGCCUAAGGCACUCUCUUGUUAAAUAUACAGAACAUGUAAUACCUGGAGCUGAUUGCCUUCAAGAUGGAUAAAACCUUCCCUGAGGUAUUCUGGCUGAACUGUGUGAAAUAGCUUGGGAUCACCCACAAUGAAGAGACACUACAAUGAGGACAAUUUACACAUCUUGCAGCAGCCGUGGAUACCAUACGAAAUCUUUUCUGUUUGACAGAAUAGCCCAAUUUCAUUUUCCUUUCCAUUCAGUAAGAAAAAAAUACAUCAGGUAAGAACAAAGCUUCAUCGUCUUGGUCUGCCAGCCCCAUUGAAAAUCUCUGUCUGCAUUUGUCACUGGGCAGAUUCUUCAUUUUGGAUGAAGGAUUCAUCACCUCACGUCAGUUUGUCUGCGGUUUGGUUUUGCUGCUCUGUCAGAAGCAGAACAUGGCAGAGAGAAAUGGCAUUUGUUCAGUGCAUAAGAGGAAAUUUGGAUCUUCUGAGAUGCAGAAAACAAAAUAUCAGAGUCUCCUUCUUGCUGAGUGGUCUUGAAAGCAGUUAAAGGUUUGCCCAGGAUGUCAGAGGUAGCCUUGCAAGAUGGCUACCCUGGGAAUGUGAGAGGUUGGGUUAUUAUCACCUCUUUGACUGAUCACCCCAACCUUUUCAGGAAACACUUGAGAUGCUCUGAAGGAAUAGAAGCAUAAAAGAAGUUUACUAUGCCCUAUGAAAUGGCUGGGCAUUCCAUGAGCAAUGCUCUCCCUAAGGUUUGUUCUACUGGUUCUUCUCUCUUACCUCUUAUCACAGCAAAGACUGUUUUUGUGCCAGAGCUGCGUGCUCAGGGUGGGCAGGAGUUAGUGCCAUGCAGCCUCUGGAUGGGGCUCAGGGUGGAGCAAGGGGAGGGCAGUGGUCCUGCAGCCUCCUCCAUGCUGCUCAGAGCAGGACUUGGGCACUGCAGCACUGCUAGCAAGAGGUAGCACAAAGGAGCCUCUGAAGUACCAAUAUGUGUGACUUCCACUCACCGAGGAGUCUGUGCAUCUUACACAGCUCAGGGUAACGGAGCUGGCUGUGCACGUUGCAGGGAACACACGCAGGGGAUGUAUUUCGUAAGACUGACAUUAACAAAAUGGUAAAAAGAAAAAAAAAAAGGAAAAAAGAUCACCUGACAGUGCAUUACCAAACCGAAGGCUGUAAAAUAGUCAUAGCAAGACUCAGAAUGCUUUUAUAAGACUUACAAAGCUAAUACAAAUGCUAACCUACAUGUAAUUAGUCGUCUAGUAUUACCCACUUGAUGACUGUUGGCAGCAAAACCUGGAGAUUGUAAUUUUCCUUUUGAAUGUUGCCAGGCAAUGCAUGUUUUUCUCUAACAGCUAUUGCACAAAUCAA